AAUCUUCAUAUGACAGUGAUUCUAUUUAUUUGUGGGUGUUUUACUUGCUCCAAAAAUUUACUAUUAAAAUUAACUAACUAAUUAAUUAGGAAACAAAUUAUCUUUUAAAGAUGAGCAUAUUCUACACGGGGGACUGGCACAAUGUGGGGAAAGAUUAUUAUCGAAAGGUUGAACUCUACUCGAUGGGAUGGAGUCCGGGAGUCGAUGUCGAAAACUUUUGUGUCGUCGGUGCCUCCUACGGCGGACCAUUGGCGACUAUUCGAGAUGAUAAAAAGUUCCUUAAAGUGACGCAAAAUGUUCCGGUUAAACCAAUCAUUAACUUGUACACGUCAUCGGGAGGGAAUAUUGCAUCAAUUAAGUGGGACUCGGGCACCUUGGUUAAAAUGGGGUGGUCAACAUCCGAGGAUUUACUAUGUGUUCAAGAAGACGGAAACGUCCUGGUGUACGAUUUGUUUGGGAGAUCGAAACAAACGGUUAAAUGUCCGCUCGGAAAUGAAGCGAAAGAAAAAGCGUACGAAGCCGAAAUAUUUCUCUCCAGUUCCGGCACCGGGGUCGCCUACCUCACCACUCGGGACAACUUUGUCGUCAUGAACAAUUACAAGAACGCUCGGGUCAAACGGUACUGUCCCGUUGCUGGAAGUGGCAUCGCCAUCACGGCCUGGACGGUGAUUUCAUCUUCAUCGUCCAACCAACCUCAGAAACCCACCCAAGUUCUCGUCGCGAGAGGAUCCCUCACUUAUCUCGUCGAUGGAUCCGAAUGCACCCAGGUUUGCCCCGAGUUCAGCUCGGCCGCAGGAACAAACGCGUCAAUAACGUGUGUCGCUGCGUCCCUGAAUGGACUCCAUAUCGCAAUGUUAACCGAUUCCGGGGUGCUUUGGCUAGGAUCGUCCGAUUUGGAGAACAAAUAUUGCGAACAUGCUGCCGGACUGAGGACAAAACCGAGACAAAUGGUUUGGUGCGGUUCUAAAGCGGUCGUGAUAAGUUGGGACAAUUCCCUCCUUCUAGUCAGCCUUAACGGAAACACGCUCACCUUCACGAUGGACAGUCAGUUCGCCCUUGUUCCUGAAAUCGACUGCGUCCGCGUUGUGGGCAACUAUACGCACGAAAUAAUACAAAAAGUCCCCAAAGAAAGUAACGACAUAUUCGGGAUUGGUUCCGUCGCACCGGGAUCCGUGUUGCUCGAAGCGUCGAAAAAGUUUAAUGAAGGAAGUCACAAGGCGGACGAGUACAUCAGGAUGAUCACUGACAUUAAAACGGCCGUGGAACAAUGCGUCACUGCAGCGGGACACGAAUUUUAUCCACCCACACAGAAAAUGUUGCUAAAAGCCGCCCAAUUCGGAAAAUGUUUCUUGACAAAGUACAGCCCCGAAGAUUAUGUCCACAUGUGCCAAAUGUUACGCGUUUUGAAUGCCGUCAAGGAUUACAAGAUUGCCAUUCCACUCACGUACACGCAAUUGGACAAUAUGGGAAUUCAAGUUUUAAUUGAUCGCCUAGUUCUCAGAAGACAAUACGCAUUAGCAAUUAAAAUUGCGGAAUUUUUAAAAUUACGAGAAACACAAGGAAGAUCACGGAUUUUGGCGCAUUGGGCGUGUUACAAGGUUGGACAAACUCACGUCGAAGAGAGCAGAUUAGCGUCGGAAAUUUAUGCCAAAUUAAAAUCUGAUACAAACAUCAGUUACAGUGAAAUAGCAAAUAAAGCUUCUGAAGCUGGGAGAAAAAGGCUCGCGUUGCAUCUGGCCCAAUUCGAAGUUCGUCGCAGCGUUCAAGUUCCUCUCUUCCUAAAACUUGGCGACUACACGACCGCCCUGCAUAACGCGGUCGAGAGUGGCGAUGCAAAUAUAAUUUAUGACGUUCUUCUCAAUCUUAAACGCACCAUGCAACUAUCAGAGUUUCAGAUGCUAAUUCGUAAAUAUCCAAUUGCUCAAAAUCUGUACAUCAAAUACUGCAAGACCUUUAACCCCGAAGCUGUUCGAGACAUUUACGAACAGGAGGACGAUUUCCAACAGCAAGGUGCCCUUUUUGUUCAAGAGAGUUAUAAAGACACGCGAGUCGCCUCUCAACUCUCCGCCCUCGUCUCGGCUCAAGAAAUGUACAAAAAGGGAAAAAACGACUUCCUCGCGAAUCUCUGUGAAGAACAGCACAAGCUUUUAAAAUAUCAGCAACAAUGGGAUCAACAAUUCGGACAAACUUUUACCAGCCUCUCGCUCCGUGACACAAUUAAGGCAAUGUUGGUUUUGAAACAGAUCAAGUUAGCGGAAAAGUUAAAGAGCGAGUUUAAAGUUUCGGACAAGACGUAUUGGAGCAUUCGACUCCAAACGUAUGCGGAACAAGGAGAUUGGACAGAGAUUGAAAAGAUGGCGAAAACCAAGAAAACGUUGGGUGGUUUUGAGGAAUUUGUCGAAAUCUGUGUCCAAUUCGGAAAUCGGCGAGAGGCCAACAAAUACUUGCCUAAAGUGAGGGAUGAACUUCAAGUUAAAUAUUAUUGCAUGGCAAAAUUUUUCGAGGAAGCCGCUAAGCUCGCUAUGGACAGGAAAAAUGAAGAAGACCUUCGCUACGUUCGACUUCAGUGCCUUGGAACGGAUCGUGACCUUGCGGACAAAAUUGUCGACAUGAUUGAACAAUUGAGAACAAACCCACCGGAAAGAUCUGGUCGCAGAUAAUAAUCAUAAUACAAAAACUUCCUUAGAUAAGUGUCUCCUGCUGACCAAAGCAACUAAUUAUCUGUAAUUAACUUUUAUAUUAUUGCCAUAAUACUAUUUACAUACAUAACUGUAUCGAUAAGCCAUUCCAGAAGAACGUACAAUUUGUAAUUACUUCAUUUUUAUAUAGAAUAUUUUGAGAAAUGGAUAAAAAGAGAAAUAAAAAGUUAUUUAAAAACA